AUGAGACAACAACUGGUCCGGAAAUUUGGGCAGCCACUGGUGGUAAAGUCGAUAUUCUUGUUGCAGGUGUUGGAACUGGCGGUACCAUUUCAGGUCAAGCAGCAGGCGAUUUACUCCGUUGCUGUAGAACCCGCAGAUUCACCAAUUAUUGGACAAAGCAAACGUGGUGAAAAUUUAACGCCUGGGCCACAUAAGAUCCAAGGGAUUGGUGCAAACUUUAUUCCGAAAAACUUGGAUUUAGAUUUAGUUGAUGAAGUUAUUGCUAUCGACAACCAAGAAGCGAUUGAUUUUGCUCGUCAAAGUGCCACUCAAGAAGCUGCUGCAGCAAAAUUAGCUGCUCGUCCUGAAAAUGCAGGCAAAACCAUUGUGGUCAUUCUUCCAGAUGCGGGUGAACCUUCCUGCACUUUGAUUGUAUUUAGCCAAGAUCAUGGUGCCACAGCGCACAUUGGUAUAUUCAUCAAACAAAUCACCAGGGCAGGCUUGUUGCCAAUAACGCGGCAUGAUUUGGGUAAGCCCAACAGCACCAGAUGGAGAGGUGACAUAACUCCGAUAGCUCGAUUCUUGACGGAUGGUUGCUGCAAUCAGUAA